CGUUUUUAUGCAGCUGAUGAAUGUUCUGUAUAGAAAGGCUUCGGUUCAGUAUAUCAACACCAACAGUCACAUGUUCAACUAGUAUUGGAAGGGGAAGGGGAAGCUGAAAAGCUGCUUGUCACGUGACCCUCUCUUUCCCCCACCCGAGGGAAAAGACCACGGAACGGCCGCCAGUUAUCUAUCCGGCAAGUUCUCAAUCCUCAGUUCUUGUCUUCUACGCCUGUCGCAAGCGUUAACUGUUCUGUUCGGUUUCUGCUUUCGUAAUUCUUCAGGUUCUUCUUGCUGUUCAUUUUUUUUUAUUUAUUUUCCAAACAAGGAAACUACAUCAUGAGCAAGUCCUGCGAAUGGGGUUACACUGAACAAAACGGCCCAGCAACCUGGCCGUCCAUGUUCCCGCAAGCCGCCGGAUCCCGCCAGUCUCCCGUCGACGUAAAGACCGACAUCGCCACCUCAGACGAAACCCUCAAGAGCAAACCCCUCUCCUGGCGCUACAAGCCUACCAUCUGCAAGCAGAUAGUGAACCCGGGGUAUGGCUGGAGGGUUGACGUGCAAGGGGAUGAUCACACCGACUCGGAGCUUGCUGGCGGUCCCCUCGGUAACAAAUAUAGAUUGGAGCAAUUCCAUUGCCACUGGGGUAGAGACAGCACCACUGGCUCAGAGCACACUGUUGAUGGAAAGGCCUACUCUGGAGAGCUCCAUCUAGUUCAUUGGAAUUGUGAGAAAUACAAGACUUUUGGUGAAGCAGCACAACAUUCUGAUGGAUUGGCUGUACUUGGAGUUUUUCUCGAGGUGUCUGACAAAAGCCACAGUGAGAUCGAGAAAAUUGUCUCAUUGAUAAAGCGAAUUGUAUACAGAGGCCAAUCAGCCCCAGUGCAGGAAGAUAUUGAUCCAUCGAAACUAUUGCCAUCCUCUGAUUUGCAUUACUGGACUUACUUGGGAUCACUGACUACACCACCGUGCACUGAAUCUGUUACUUGGAUCAUUUUCAAGGAACCAAUCAGGGUAUCAGAAGAUCAGUUGGCGAUCUUCAGAAGCCUGAGAAGCUACAGUCAGCAAGAAGCAUGUCCACUGGAUGAGCACAAUGGACAAGUGCUGCACAACUACCGACCUCCUCUCCCACUCGGCAACAGGGAACUUCGCGAAUGUGGUUCUAUGUAAGAACUGCAACUCAUCUCACAUAGCCUACUACACAACGUACAUCAAGCAAGCAAAUGCAAUACUUUAGUGGCUUUACAAACUAGAUAUCAGAUAUCACUCAGCCUCAGCUUAUACUUGUACAGUCAUUAACAAUUACUUAGUUAUUCUCACGUUAGAAAUAUUAUAACAAUAAUAGAUAGGAUUUUAGAUAUGUGUUUAAAUUACUAUAUUGCUGCAUUUCAUAUUAGUCUAUUGUUGUCAAAUGAUUUUGUUUAUAUUUUAUCAGCAUUUAUUAUUGUCUUUACUGGUGUGUGGGAAUAAAUAGCAGUUGGGGAAAAGCUGUUUUAUUUUAGAAUUUUUUAUUUGCCACUUUUAAGGGGCGAUCUACAGAAAAGUAUGUUUAUGAUGCUGAUCAGUUUCAAAGACAAUUUGAGCUUGUAUUUCCAUGAAUGUAUAAUAUUCUCAAUAUUUAAAUACGAAUAGCAAGAGAAUUUGAAGAAGCCAUUGAAUAUUUAAAACGUUGAUAUGAAUGAUAAUAUAUUUGAUGAGCGAAAAUUUAGUAAAGAAUGUAUAUUAAACAGGAACUAUCCUUUGCCUACAUGGACUAUUCCUGUGUAGGUUGUUUGUUUAAUAAUUUAUAAAUAUUUUAGUGUAUAACUGUGAUAUGAACAAAAAUUACUUUUCGCCAGUUGAUCUUCUAUUGUUUGUGUUUUAUUUUGGGAGGAAGGGAACAAUUUUAUACACCUGAAGGGAACAAUAUAUAACAAGAUUUUAAACAAAAUGGGAACAAUUUUAUAUAGUUAUACUAAGUAAAGAGAUCUGUGAUGAAUAUAAAUGUAGACAAACCGGGUUGAAAAUGUAACAAAUUUUUAUUAAAUAAUGACAAAUAGAAGAUAAACUUGUAUUUUAAAUAACAAAUUGUAUUCUAGAAAAAAGUAUCCAGGUAUUUGAAAGAAAGUUUGAAGUGUUCAACAAAGUGCAGGAUAAAUAUUGAAUGUUAAUUUCAAGGAUCAUAUUGAUUCUCCAUUAAAUAUUCCUGUAAAAAACUGGAAAUAUUCUACAAUUUUUCUACUACACAAAUUUCUUAAACUAAUUUUUUACAAAAUUUCUCAUCAAAAUGUUGAGGUCGAAAUGAAUUGAACAAGAGUUUUCUGGUCAUGAUAUGUUAUUUUUGUUUUUUAAAUGUAGUUGUUUUACUUAUAGAAACACUUUCGAUUUUGGAUGUGCAUCUAUGUGUUUAAAUUUCAUGAUAGAAAUUGAAAAUUAUAGUAAAGGAUUGGUGAUAAAUUGUUUAGAUUUUGAGAAUCGUUAGUUACCUCAGUCGAUAAUCACUGUUAGAUGAAACGUGCCUUCUAAAUUAGUUCGAUAUAUGUUAUAUCUAUUGUUUAGAUGGUUUAUAGAAGAUUUAACUAAUGCUGUUAUUGAUAAAUAAAUACUUGUGAGCAAUUUAA